AUGGCACUCUCCACGAACCCCUGCGCACCAUGUAAUUUCGGCAACCCAACCUCGACGACUCUUACGUUCCCGCUUCAAACAAUACACCCCAUCACCGUCGUCUCAGUGCCGCACGUCACCGUCUACGACUCCACCAGCAGCACUACCAACUAUGUCGUGAGCACCCAAACGGAUUCGGCGUACCCUGGGCCCGACGCGAGCAAUGCAUCGACAACCUUCUCGGACUUCAACAGCAUCACAUGGACCGUGGCAGGCGCAACCCUUACAUGGCCGACUUCAUACGUGUACUACAUCGGAGACUUCUCUGGAGGCACCGUUCCCACGACCGCCACCAGCACCACCACCCUUGCGAACAACAGCUGCCCGACAGCUCCGUACGUAAGCAUUGUGUCGUUGCCAACAACUACCAAUGUCGCCUCCCUCAUCUACCCACUGCCGGUGACGGCAACGGGGGACAAUUCCCUCCCAACAGCAUUGAUGGAAUACCUGGACAGUCUGGACGGUGUUGCCUCGCAGUUCAAUGGAAUACCGCUGACCGACUGCGCGCCCGUAUCAUCCAGCCUGUACUGGUCAGCUUGGGGCGGCACAGCAAGCGCGACAUUGACUAGCAACCCAAGUUAUGCCAACCCUAGUUAUGCCAACCCUACUGAUUCGCAUUCGACCGGCUUUGCGAUCACAGCCAUCACGGGUCCGCCCAUCAUCACCCACGUACCGAGAUCACCUACUCCGGAGAACCCGACCUACAGGCCGGGCCCAGCGGGGUCGCCACACACGAAGCCUGCGGUCACAAAGCCCCCGCCGACGCCCUCUCCCACGCAUAGCGACGAACAUGCACCAGGGACAACCAAAGCUGGUGACAGAGAUACCACAAUGCCGCACCCAUCACCUACCAACGCAGGCGGAUCCCACGGUCAUCCAAAGCCCGGCCCAACGGUGUUCAGCUUCCCUCAUACGAAGGUCACGGCGAAUGCUGGAGGAGGCGUAGUCAUUGACCAUCACACCGUCUUUGUGGGCCAGGAAAUCACAAUCGGAUCAGGAGAUACGAAAACGACAAUCGCCUUGCAGACCAAAGGUGGUUCGACACAGCUGGUGGUCGAUGGUACGACACACGCCCCGCAAGCUCCAGACGCAACGACCAUGGCGCCCGCCGCAGUCAUCACCUCGAACGGCCACAAAAUCACAGUCGUGCCACCGGAUGGCUUAAUCGUGGAGACUGUCAUAACAGCGGGUGGGCAGACUCUAACGGCGAUAGAGGAGUCGGAUGCCGUCCUCCUGCAAGGAGCCUCAUCGACGACCGCUGUGAAAGAUGGAUCAGAGGCCACGUUCAAGGGCCAGACAGUCAGUGUCGGGCGUCAAGGAACCGCUGUGGUCGUUGACGGCAGCAUCGUCCAGCUCUCCCCAUCUGAAACCUCGGGUACAUCUUCUUCGAGCAGUGCUGGUCACUCUAAUGCUGUACCGGUCAGGUUGAAUGGGGCAUUCAUCUGUCUAGUAAUGUUUCUUCGCUUUGCGUUCUAG